UAACCUUUAUUGACCUCCCGGAGCGAAAUAAAACCCUAAUAUGUCUCUCCCAAAGACAUACAAAGCAUACCGCCGUACAAGAGGCGACCUCCCCCGCACGAUUGAGCCUACAAUCGAGCAUCUCCCAAAAGAGCUAGCCCCUGAUGAAGUUAUUAUCAAAAUUCAUGCCGUAUCUCUGAACUUUCGAGAUGUAGGAAUGCUGAACGGAAAGUAUCCGGUUCCGGUCCAAGAACACGGAAUCGCUGCAUCUGAUUGCGCCGCGGAGGUCGUAGCCAUUGGGUCUAAUGUCAAAGAUUUCAAUAUCGGAGAUCGUGUUUCACCGUGCUUCAAUCUAUCUGAUCUGACGGGCAAGGAGAGAGAUGGUAUUUCGCAGACGUUAGGGGGUGAUGUGGGGGUUUUAGCAGAGUAUGCCGUCUUUGACCAGAAGGUCUUGGUACAUUUGCCAAAACACCUGACUUGGGAAGAAGCUUCGACGAUUCCGUGCUGCGGCGUGACGGCAUGGAAUUCUCUCAAACGUCCGAACCUGGUUGAUGAAGACACUAGUGCUCUUUUGCAAGGCACCGGAGGCGUAAGCAUGUUUGCGCUUCUAAUCUGUAUUGCAGCCGGCAUAACCCCCAUCAUAACUUCCUCUUCCGACUCCAAGCUCGAAUCCAUCAAGAACCUCAGCCCCGCCAUCAAAGCCUUCAACUACCACACCCACCCCAACCAAGCCGAAGAAGUCAAACGCCUCACUGACGGAAAAGGUGUCGAUAUAGUCAUCAACAACACCGGCCCCGCUUCUUUUCCCGCGGAUCUAGAAUCCCUACGACAGAACCACGGAACAAUUUCGCUAGUGGGGUUUCUGGAAGAUAAGAAAGCGGACUGGGAUCCAAAUGCAAUUUUAGGGCUAAUGGUGAAGGGGGCGAGUAUCCAGGGUAUUCGGGUGGGUUCGAAAGCGGAUCUUGAGGAAGUUAAUCGAUUUUUGGAGGAGAAGAGUGUUAGACUUGAUAAGAUUAUUGACCGGACCUUUUGGUUUGAUGAGGCGAAAGAUGCGUUUGAUUAUUUGUGGUCUGGGAAGCAUGUUGGGAAGAUUGUGGUAAAGAUUUGAAAGAAUCGAAUUACUCGAUAGAAAUCUUACUCCACGCGAUGAACAGUUACACACCCG